AUGCUUAACAGCCUUGCCUUAGGCGGGCUUUUCAAACAACAACACCCUUUCGAAACUGACAGUCUCAGCUAUAGUAGCCAAAGGAGCAUCAAAAUGCCUUCAAAACUAAUGGUGCUUGCCACAAUAGUUACGUUGAUGGUCUGGCCAGCGACAGCAGCUCGAAUAUCCUUUUCAAAUUGCAUCCCUUUAUCAGCCGUUGAAUCCGGUGUCUAUUUUAUACCCACGACUGUCGACGCCAUAUACAAGUCUAUCCCCGAUCUAAAUAAAGGGUCCUUAAACUUCAAUAUUGAAGGAAACAUGUCGACCGCCCUUGAGGAUCUUAACCCAGACACAAACAAGUAUGCCACUUUGAGAUCGCAACUUAAUGCUGUAAAUUACCUGCUGCUAAACCAAUACUCGCGGCUUUGCCAAAACACAGCGGAGUGCCCCUUUGGUCCUGGUCCUUCUUCAUUCAACUACACCUUCAAUGUCUCAGAGGUCUACCAAGGCGUUCCCUUUAAUGUCCGGUUUGUUAUUAUCAACUCAGUCGACCAGGCCAAUGUUGUCGGCUGCAUUGAGACUCAGGUCACCCCUAUCAUCGCAUCAUAUGCAUGGUACGUGGUUGUAUUUUGCAUCAUUGGUAUCGCUGUUCUUAUAGCCAUUUCGUUCGUCAUCACUGCAUAUUUAAACCCAUGGACAGGCACCACCAACAUCUACUCAUGGGCUUCCAUCCUUCACCGCGAGGUCAACGUGGUCCGGCUUUUAACACCGGGAUUUUUUGACUUUAUACAUUACUUUCAGUUUGCAUUCUUCAUCACAUGUCUCUCUUUAGAGUAUCCCUCCUUUCUUCAGCCUGUUAUCUCUACCUUUUCUUGGGUGGUGCUCUUGUUUUCCGAAUCGUUUGUUUCACACAAUGGUUCGGGCAAAUUUGUCGAUGGUAUCUACGCUACCAAUGGCACUUUUGGCCUUGAUCGCAUGAGCCAGGUUGUCCAGCUGGCCCAUGCCAAAGACGUUUGGGCCAGCUUCAUGGUUUGGCUUCUUGUAGUCACCGGAGCUGUUCUUGCAAUUGGACAACUUGCUAUUCUUGCGACUUGGGCUUGGCGCAAAUAUCGAUCGGAUACAUAUGACCUACGCUCCCGAGCCCCCUCGUUUGCAUUUGGACUGGUGCUGCGCAUCUUUUUCAAGGUUUUCCACCUUCCUCUCCUUGUGUUUUGUUUUUUCCAAUGUGUGAUUACUCGGCUCAACGAUGGUGACAAGGCCACCAGCCCCGCCUAUUUGACGGUUUUGGCGACCCUGGUGCUUGUUGGGUGGGUGUUGUUUGCAGCAUUUAUCAGCUACCACCUUUGGAAACGAGCACAACGGCCAACUAUUUUUGAUAAUGUGUCGACCCUACUUAAGUUUGGCACGCUGUACAAUACCUAUACCGAGGAUUCGGCCAUGUUUUUUGUCAUUGAUUUCGUAACCACAUUUUUGCGGGCAAUGACAAUUGGUGCGAUUCAAAGAUCAGGGCUUGCACAAAUUACACUUCUUGCUGUGAUUGAGCUUGCGUAUUUUUUUUCAAUCAUUAUUGUGCGACCAUUUGACCGACAUACUAGUAUGAAUCUUAUAUCAUGCAUCAUUACCGGUGUUCGAUUUACACUGAUUAUGCUGUCGUUGCCAUUUAUUUCGUCAACAGGCGUUUCUGCAUUUGUCCGGCAAUGGCUGGGAUAUGUGAUUUUGAUUUUCCAUGCACUUGCCUUACUAUUAUUUUUAAUGCGGGCAAUUCAGGUUAUUAUUGAAGUCAUUUCUCGGUAUACAGGUGCAGGCAUUGAAUCAACACGCUCUGGUGCGAUUUACAAUCUUAAACAGCUAUCACGUCGUCGUAGACGGCCUCAGGUGGAUAUGACAGAGCUGUCAACCUCACCUACGAAUGAGAAUAAGCAAGGGACACCUCCUCAUUCCGACAGUCAAGAGUUUGAAACUGGAAAUAAUACAGGCGAUCAAGAGGAUGAAGAAGACUCCAGUGGAAGACGGGCCGGACAGGGUCAUGGAUUGGAUGAUGAUCAGCAGUUGCAUCAUACCCUGAGCAAGAAUGGCCAUAAUGGUCCAGCCAUAACUAGGGGAGGAUAUACUGCGGUAUACCCGACAGCUGCCAAUAGCAGAGGUGACACACUGUAUGAAGAUGUAAUGCUUUCAUCGCCAACAUCGGACAUCUCGUCAGUUGGGGGGUCAAUUCGUGGCCACAACAAUAAUACCAACAAUCCAGGCAAUAGUCCUGUGGGGUUCACUAGAUCAUCAUCAUUUGGUGGUGCUAAUGGACAAAACAAGUUUCAUAAUGAUACGGUAUAUUAUCGUCGCCCUCGACGACGUGGAAGUUCACAUGAUUGGUCAUCGAAUCCAUAUGUUCGUGACGAGGAGAACUCUCCGCGUCAAAGCACGAGUCAAAAUCGUGGUGUUAAUGAGUACGAGUAUGAUUAUGAUGAUGAGUACGAUGAAGAAGCCGAGGCUAGAGGGUCUCGGAAAGCAGCCACAAGCACCGAUGCAGACCAGAUUCGGAUGGGGGUGGUGUCACCUCCUCCCCCCGGUGUUGAUUAUGCAGUGCGUGAAGCCGACAUUUAUUACAGACAACGGCGAGAGUAUAAUAAAAGGCGACGGCGACAUAAGAAACUGUCUCGAAAGGGCGCAGAGAAUGAUGAUGAUGAUGGCACACCAGAUGAAGGGGAUGAUGAGGAUAUGGUGUAUCAGCAUAGAAACUUGCGGGAGCAGGAUCUUCUGCAAAACUAUGAGCCGUAUGGCGGAGCGGCUGGAGAGCUAAUUGGGGGGCUUGAAUCACCGCGAAGUGCGCGGCGACGGGCCGGGAACCGGGGUAGCUUUGGGACGAGUGAGUUUGAACAGAGCACGUUGUCGACCCCUGGACGGUUAUCAUUUGUUCAAACUAAUGAUGAUGGGUUUGGAGAUAAUAGUGUUCCUGUGGGGAGCUCAAACAAGAGUGGGAUGAGUGGGAGUGGGAUUUUGCCGAGUGGUCGGCGGAAUCGGAGUCACUUGAAUUCACUUGUUGGACUUUUAGAGAGUGGAAAUGAUGAAGGAGGUUCAGGGAAAAGUGGGAAUGGUGGAGAAGAGGGGACGAAAAAGAGUCCGAGCAAGUCAAUUAAUGGGGUUACUGGGUGGCUUUCACGAGUCAAGAAUAAUAUUGGAGAGAAGAUUCGUGAGGGGAUGGGGAAGAAGGUUGAAGAUGAUGAUCCUUUGAAACCGCGAGGAUUUGAGGUGUUGCGUCGUGGGCCAAUCAAGUCGUAUCGGUCGUCAUCUUCUCUUAGCGGAGACUCAUUAUCGUAUGAAGAGUCUGAUAAGGAUGACAGUGAUGGAAUUGGUGGCUCGAAGACAGCUACUACAGGUACUACGACCACUAGUAGUAGCAGUCAGAAGGUCAAGCCUAUUGAUGACGAUGUGGAUGCAAUUGAGCCUGUGAAAGCGAAGAAGAGCAAGUCUAAGCGAAAGAAGACUUCGAAGAAGAGAAAGCGGGACAAAACAGCUCAAGAGCAACAGGAAUCUGGGGUUUCCGUUUUGGCAUCUGAAAUGACAGGGACCAAUGCUGAGAGUAUGACUGAGGGGUCUACUGCUGCUAGUACGACACAGGAUCUUAGAGAUGAUGACGAUAAAGAGUCACCAUUUCGGGAUUCUGUUGAGACUAGUAGGACAGAAGAGGAUGAAGAGGAGGAGGGGAAGAGUAGCACGUAUGGUGCGGUUCUUACGAGAAGUGGGGAUGGAAGAGGAAUUGAGGGUCGGCCAGAGUCUGGUGUUUCGUCAUUGACACAGGGAGAUGAUUAUUAUGACGAUGGAGUGGCUCCUCCUGAAUCAACGACGUUAUUAUUACGAGAUGAUGAAGAUAAGUAUGAAGGACCUAGUGAAAGGUAUGAAGCAGGAGUACGGACGACUCAUGAUGGGUACAUUGAAGCAGGAGAUUUUAUUUUCCCGAGAUCUACGGCUACAGUGGGGAUACCUAGGGAUGAAGAUGAUGAAUAUGAUCGAGCAGAUGAGACUGUGAUUCUGGAUGGAGCUGGAGGAACAGGAAGUCUUUCAUUACAGAGACCUGCAGGACCUCAAAGGAACAAUAGUAAUGUGCCUACUCUUCGGAUUCUGACAUCUACAGAGGUUUUGCAGCAUGUGCCUUCGAGUACGUCUGGUACUGUUGAAGGUCCAGUGCUUAUUCGGCGGGUGACUGGAGAUGAUGAAACUGGAGGAGAGCUGCAAGUUCCGCAUGUUGUUGCUAAUAAGCGGAGUAAGGAUGAUUUUAAUUUCUUGUGA